AUGUCCCGCCGGGCAGCCACGCAUCCAAACACUGCGUCUACCCCACCCCUCACUGGGCACCUAGCGUUGUUGCAACAGCUGGCUUUGACAGCAAACGCCCCCAAUGGUGCUCCAACGCAACCUGCAAUCCAAUUGCGAAAUACACAACCCUCGUCUGCGCCACAACAUCCUCACCCUUCUCAUCUAAACAGCGAGCCACAACCUUAUUCUUCCUCACACACCCAACACAAUCCUGGUAGAGAUUCUUGGCAGAGCCGUUCAAACCAAUUUGAUCACGGAAGAGAGCGUGAUGGUUUUCACGAUUCCAACUCACGCGGGGGAUUCCAGCGUGGUUUUCGUGGUCGUGGUUGGGGCCGGGGUAGAUGGGAUGAUCGUGACCAUGAUCGUUUCAAAGAUAGAGAUUGGAAUUCUUCACCACGGCCAAGAAAUAGCCGUUCCAGAAGCCCACGCAGAUUCAAUGUGCAGCGACCACGUCCGUAUAGUCCGCCUCAGAGACCUGCAGCAAACAGAGAUGUAGCCCCAAAUCAAAAUGCGGCAAAACUUUCUGAAGCUGGAAAAGACGAGUUUGGACGAGAUAUUAGACCGUCUUCUGCCACUCCUCCUAGAGCCGCAUCAGUCGAUGCUCAAACCCAGCCUCCGAUGGUUCCAUCUGUAAACCUUGCCCGUACGGCGGCACCCGAAAAUCGUGUACCUGUAUCAGACCAGUUGCCCUCGGUAGCUGCCAGUACAUCUACACAGAAAGUCGAAACUCGUAAACCGAGUUCGGCGCCAGCGCUGCAGCAACCAGGACUUGAUCAAUUUGAUAUCACAACGUUUGAUUUCACUGCGCCCUCAUCGUGGGAAGCAUUGGGAAAGAUGUGGCACAGUACUUACGGCGAUACACCGACUCAAGAAGAACUCAUGCAGUUUAUAAUGACGGGUGGUGUAGUCGCGUUCCCUGGUCAGGCAAAUGCUGUGCAAGCUGGUCAGUGGCAGGAACCAAGUUGGAGCGCCCAGUCCGCAGGUCAUGGACGUGGAUGGCAAGGGGUCCGAGGCCGAGGCCGAGGAUUGGUGGCUAGGACUCAUGGUACCCUCGGGCACGGCAAUCACCGAGACGGUGGACACUGGGGUGAAGAUGCCCAACACGCGGACGCCAUAGUCCUUGGCGAAGCAGGCGGCCAGGAUGGCGGUCACGGUGAAGAACAAGCGUACACGGAUCUGGCGCAAAUAGGAAAAGAGGACUUGCCCAAUGCAGACCCAGACGAUCCUCAAAACGACUUCAAUGCCAUGAAUGCCGAGAAUGGAUCAGCAGAAAAAUGGCUGACCACUUUCACCAAAGCUCUUCGUGCAAAGCUUCCGCAAGGCAUGUUUACUAGUUCUAUUAUGAGCGAUGGGGAUGUACUGACAACACGCUGCAGGUCAAUACAUUUUAACGCACGCACCUGUUGCUCCAUGGUAAUUAGCCCAAUCGCAUUCAUGCGACCCGCCGCCGAGUUGAAUAUCCCUGUUUAUAGGUUCUCCUCAACGUACUCUAGUGGAGCUUAUUUGACGGUCAACAAGAAUAUUGGAUCGUUAAUUGAUUGGUACAACUUCUACAAUCAGGGCACGACUGAGUACACAACGUGUUCUGGCCUCCUUACGAAAUUGUCUUCGACGUGGCCGAAGACUUCAGUCUUCCAGAUUGCUGCAGCAGGAGUAUCUUUAGACAAGUUGGUGAUCUGCAAGCCAGCCACCACCGCGGAUGCGAGCAAUGGCUAUAUGAGCACCACCCUACUCGCCCAGUGUGUAGACCAAGCUUACAAGCAAGGAUGGGAUGCUGGUGUUAUGGUGCACAACGCCACUAGUGCAUACUCUCCUACAUCAUUACCAUCAUCUUCUCGACCCUCUACUUCAUGGGGAGGGGAGGAUUUACUCUCUCGUCUAAGAUCUUAUGCCCACCUACUCCGCUCCACAUUACAGCCUUCCUUAUUCAUCGUCGAUCCAUCUAAAGCCGACAUAGACACGCACACCACUCGGAUAUUCGAUGACGAUGCUGUGGAUGAUAUCCUUGCGCAAUCAUCGUAUGCUUCUUCGCACUCACCUAUACCUGCUCACAGGCGACCAUGUCCAUUAUCUAGUGUUCCUGCAAACCCUCCCAACCCAUAUUCCACUCAUUCAUCCGCUUUACAUCGCUCUCUUUACCCGCCCUCCAUCUCGACCACACAGACUAGCUCACAAGCACGGAUGGCGCUGCUUUCAAAUAUCACUAGAGCCACGCGCCACGCCGCGCAAAAUAUUCUUCCUCAUCCUCUCGCUAAGCUAAUCGUCCCGCAUCUCCCAGACCCUGUCAGGAGUCUGGUCAAUGUUAAUGGCGACUUGGAGUGGUCAGUUGGGUGGAGAAAGGGGGCGUUGGUGAAAGGCGACCGAGCGCGUAAACGAGAGGCUCAGGCAUUGCCCUCUUCCUCCUCGAAUGUGGUUGAAGAGAUAUCCCCGUUGGGCGUGUUCGAGCUUCUUCACUCUACGAUCAACCUUCCCUCUCCCAAAAGGUCUCGAGACCCGGCACACCCAAUAGACGAGGCGCUUUGGGCGAAGUGGUUUGAUAAUGAUGGACGACCGAAAGUCAGACUUGAAGAGAUGAGGCGCCAGGUUUUUAGGAGAGGCAUCACUCCUCAUGGAAGCCUGAGGAAGAAAAUGUGGCCCUUCAUACUUGGUGUCCAAGAAUGGGACAUCACUGAGAGUGAGAGGGAAAUGAAGUGGGAGGAGAAGAGAAAGCGAUAUAAUGAGAUCAAAGAUGAGUGGUGUGGCGUGCCUAAGGUCUUUGUCAGACCGGAUGUCCUCGAAGAACGUUACCGCAUUGAUGUGGAUUGUCGUCGCACGGACCGCACUCAGCCACUGUUCUCCAGUGCUUAUGAGGAUACCGCUGACAACGGCCUAAAUGGGAACCGCCGGUAUACUACGAUCUCUCCUCAAAUGUCGGAUAUCGGUGCGCAAUCUCCCAGUAAUGAACACAUCGGUCGUCUCGCAGGCAUUCUCCCCACGUACAAUUUUUACAACAAAGAGCUUGGGUACGUACAGGGCAUGUCGGACCUUUGCGCUCCUUUGUAUGUUGUGAUGGGUUCCGACGAGGAGUUGACCUUCUGGUGCUUUGCGGAGGUAAUGAAUUGUAUGAUUCAAAAUCUCCUUCGCGAUCAGAGCGGAAUGAAGAAGCAGCUCUCGACGCUCCAAGAACUGAUCAGUGUCAUGGAUCCUGAUCUAUAUCGACAUUUAGAAAAAACUGACGGUCUCAAUUUGUUCUUCUGCUUCCGAUGGGUUCUCAUCACUUUCAAACGCGAAUUCUCUUUUGACGAUGUUCUGUGUCUAUGGGGAGUGUUGUGGACGAACUAUUACAGCAAUGAAUUUGUUCUCUUCGUCGCUUUGGCGGUAUUAGAGUCCCAUCGGGAUAUGAUCCUCCGGUAUCUUUUCGACGAGAUUUUGAUUUUGAAGUAUUGCAACGAGCUCAGCAUGACCAUUGAACUCGAUUCUACUCUUGCCCAAGCCGAGGUUCUAUUUCUGUCAUUUGCUCAGCUCGUUGCAGACUUUGACAGAAGGCGAGCGGAUGAAGCCACUGAUUCCACGAGUAGUGUGCUACGACGACGGGGGACGUCUGCCUCAGAGGACAAGGCGUCUUUGUCAAACGUAUCUGGAGCUGCUGGUACCUGCCGGGCCUGUUGUAACUGCUAUUUUGGUGAUGCCAAGGCAAAGACCGCCAUGCUGAGUGAGCGCCCCUCUGUUCUCGACUUGCCAUACUUGAUUAAUGUCCCUAACAGCCGGCAAACUCAACUCGACGUCCUAACCGACCACAUCGAGCGAUCAAAGCGCAUAUUCGUCAAACAAAACUUAGAAAUUAAUCUCGUUUCCCUGCAAUUUGAAGCACUGCAGUACGAGCUAGCUUUGUCGCGUAUCGACACACUCUUGACAGAGUUAAAAAAGCUAGAUGGCAAGAUGAUUCUUACCGAAGUACACCUGCUCGAGAGCCGCGUCUACCCUGGCACUGGAAACCUCUCAAAGGCCAAGGUUGGUCCAUCGGGCGCUAUCCUAGUACAUUCAUUCCUUACGUCCGUCGAAUGGAUAGGCUGCCCUCGCUUCUCACAGGACUGUUAA